CCACCAUGGCCGUCGGACGUGUCUCUACGGCUGUCUCUAUCGCCGUCCUCCUGGUCGCUUUUUGGUACACGAGAGACGAUGGACACCCGAUUAUACACGAAAAUCUGCAGAGUAUUUUGGACGCCAUGUUAGAGGUCGAGCAGCAGCAUGCAGUGGGUGAAAUUCGCAUUGCUGUUGGCUAUGGCGCCUGCAAGGACCUCUUUGUCCGGGGCUCUCACAUCCUAGGGGUCAUGCAGGCACCUCAACGUCCUGCGCACUUCAGUCGGAUUGAGUCUCUCCAGCAGAUGAAGGAGAUGUACGCUCUCUUCUUCUCUGCUGGAUCGGCAGCUGAACGGUAUGUGGUCAAUGAAACACUGUUCAGCGAGAUGAUAACUGCAGCAGAGGCAGCGCCAGGCUCUUACAAUGCUUUAGGGGGUAAUGCUCCCGUCAUGGCUUCUCGGUUUGCCAAAGAGGGAGCAAAGGUUCUCCUUGCUGCCAAACGCAGCCCAUAUAUCAUGGAGGAGAUUCAUCCUGAUAUUGUGGUUGGAGGAGGAGAUGUUGAUGGAGUUGAUGACAUUCACCUGAUCUUAGAGUACAAGACAGGGGAGAAAUGGGGAACCUAUGAGGCACCUCGAGCAAAUAGAUUUAUUGUGCACAGUGAUGAUAGCAAUCCAACCCUGAGUUCAGUUGAAGAGUUUGGUGGACAUUUACCCUCGUUCAAGCCACAUUUACUCGUUGUUGGAGGUCUUCAGAUGAUGGACAACUUUCCCUUCCAGUCAGGCCGUCGUCAGGAACGUCUAAUGGCCGUGCGGGACCAGAUGAGCUCCCUCCCCUUCACGACCAGAAUCCACUUUGAGAUGGCUUCCUUCACUGACACUGACCUCUUGAACGAUCUCAUGGACUAUGUGGUACCCUAUUCCGAUUCUCUGGGGAUGAACGAACAGGAACUUCCAAAUCUGUACAGCAUGAUGAAGUAUGGAAACGUCAGUCUUGUAUCGGACUUCAACCCUCGUGUUGCUGUUGUUCUUGAUCAGAUGAGAGAAAUUUUCAAGCAACUAGGAGACACCCCAGAGGUGGGUGGGAAGAGGAGGCUGACUCGCUUGCACCUCCACACCCUUGCAUUCCAGGCCAUCAUGGUGAGAAAGGGGUCUCCCUGGCUUAACUCCAUGGCUGCUGCAACAAAGGCUGCACUCACGGCAAAUCGACAUGUGUGUGGCAAUUCUAAGAUCAACUUGCGAAAUGCCAAAAUCCUAAUGGACGACGGCUUCACACUGUCCCAAGAAGCAGGAGCGGGAAGGGUCAUGUUUGACAACCAACAUCCCGUGGCAUGUUGGACUGAAGACGAUGGCAAUAUAGAGAUAUGUGUGGCUCCUGUCCUUGUGUGUACCUCAGUCCGGCACACGGCAGGUGGUGGAGACAACAUUUCAGCAGCUGGCCUGGUUCUGCAGGUGUAACAUGCAGGUGCACUUCUUAGUCUUUUACCGAGAGAGAAAAGUUUUUGCGUUUGAAGAGAAUUCUUAUCAGAUAUCUGUUAGGGUGAACUUACAUUCCAUGUCAGGAAUCUUUUUUAUUUAAUGGGAGCUAGAGGUGGAUGUCUUUAAGAGCCAGAGUAUUUUAAUGAUUUCCAGUGCCUUGUGUCUUGCAUGUUGCAAGAAGAAAAUAUAUUUUAUGGAAUAGUAAUAAGAGAUAUUUUUGUUAGGUAUAGUGAUGCUGAUGGUGUUUAAGGUAAGAUAGACUCAUUCUUUUAAAGUUUGAGUUGUGUAAUUGAUUCAGUUUGUAUGCAAUUGAAAAUUGUGAAAAGAUGAGAUUAUUGUCAUUAAUAGCAAUAGUUGUUAUCACCUCAGUAUGUGUUCAUAUUUUAUUUUUUAUUAAUUUCUGUAUAUAGAUAUUUUUUCUAGUGCAGUCAUAUUGUUGAGACUGGAAACUAGUUGAAUUUUUCUAGAAAAGAUUUAUAUAAGGAGAAAAAAGAAGUUAUCAUCUCAGGAGAAACCAACAACCACCCAGAUACCGAGUUAUGUUUGUAAUCAAAGGUAGCUAAGCUUGAAUGGGAUUUCUUUCCAAAGUCUCAGUUACAAGUAAAUGAAUGUGAAUCCCCCCUCCCCCAGUGAAGAAAGCUGGUAAAAUGAACUCCAAGAAAAAGAAGAAAAAGAAAAUGUUCAUAUCUAUAAAGAAUUGGUCAUAAGUAGCCAUGAAAAUUUCUGAUCAUAAAUGUUGAAAGAGCCAUGUCACACUAUUGAUAUGAAAGCUUACAUAGUUCAGCAAAAGAAAACCAAUGCAUAAAAGAGAGAAUUGGGUGCGUUUUCCUCAGCACAGCAUAAGGAAGAGCCAAGAGAAGACAAAGUAUGCGUGUUAUAUCUCAAUCCCACUUAUAUUUUAUCUAUUUUCUCAACUGCUGUUCUCCUUCUUUUUGUCUUAACAUUUGAAUAGAAGCAAAGUUGACAUGUUGCAAUAUGAAGGGUUUCACAGAUCCCUGUUGCACAGAAGUAUGUGUCAUAUAGUCCUGUUAUUUGGUACUUGGGUGGGGUUUGAGGUAUUUUUCUGCUGGAAAAUGUGUUUUAUUCAGCUUUCUUGUAUGUGAUGUUAAGGAUUGUAUAAUGUUUGUGGGGAUGAAAUGAUUAGGAAGAGAGUGUAGAUUGAAAGUUUUUAAUAUGAUUUAUGUCCAGUGUGCAGAUUCCUUGUCACCCAUUAUAAAUGAUAUAUGAGCUAUGAUUGUAAAUUUUAUUUUGAUUUUUUUUUGAUAAUCAUUUUUUUUUUUCCCUGAUACAUUCCAUUUUUUUUUCUGCCAGAAUUUGUUACAUAAUCAUUAAUUUUGUUUUUUUUUCCCCUUUUUAUAUGUAUGAUUAAGGCUGUAUAGGUAAUUUCUAAUCCAUAGACCUAUAUUUCUGUUAUUCUUAUCCAUUUAGAAUUAUGGUUUUGUCACUAAAUGACCCAUGAUAAAUUAGGUUAGGGGCUUAACCCAAUGCCGCUGGGUGGUUUCCCGGUGUGAAAGCCCUCUCUCCUGGGCUGUAUUCAUAGUGGCUCGGGCCCUGCUACCGGGGGAUUGCGUCGGCACCAUAGUGUGCACAGCAUGACUGUAAAUGCCCCUGGAAAACAGGACCGGCGCACUAUGGGAUGUAUGCACAUACCACCCAGAAUAU